AUGGUCGAUUUAGCGUUUUUGAUGUUGUGUAUCUUCACGGUUUCUGCACGAAAUUUCGAUCGGUAUUCAAAAUUAGAUGAAAAUUACGAAAUUUGGUGGUCGACGGACGAAGAAUCUAUUACUUUUCAAGUAGAAGUUGCAACUAGAGGAUGGGUUGGAUUCGGAAUUUCUCCAAAUGGUGGGAUGGAAGGUAGCGACGUGGUCAUCGGAUGGAUUAACAACGGAAAAGCCACAUUUCACGACAGAUACGCCAAAGGAAAGUUUCUUCCGGAAAUUGACGACCAUCAAGAUUGGGAACUUCUGUGGUAUCAACAGACCGAUACGCAUACAAAGUUUAGUUUUAAAAGAUUUCUCAUUCCUUGCGAUUCACAAGAUUUACACAUAACUGUAAGUACAGAAGAUUUAUCAAUGUUAUUCUAUUUCGUGACGUUUUCUAAAGGAAAACAUAAUAUACAGGAUGAAACUACGAGAUUAAUAUUCGCCUACAAUGACGAAAAUCCUGGUUCUACGGGUGAGAUCUCAUAUCAUGGUCCAAAAAAUAGAGGAACCAAGAGUGUUACUUUAAAGAAGUAUGAGAGGGGUGUAUUGCUAGAAAAUCCUAGCGAUCUGUAUCAUUGGGAAGUCACACAUUCAAAUGUGCGUGUUCCUGGUGAUAGAGAUACUGAAUACUACUGCAAGUUCUUCAGAACGCCUGAAUUAAGUCGAAAACAUCACAUUGUUAAACUUGAGGCAAUUAUUGAACCUGGAAAUGAAAAACUUGUACAUCAUAUGAUCCUGUACGAGUGUACUGGCAUCGAGACAGAUAGAAUAACACCUUAUUUAAAUGAAGAAUACACCGAAUGUUAUAAUGAAGAAAACGUACGGAAAUUUCCAUUUUGUUUUAAUGUCAUCGGUGGUUGGGCCGUUGGGGGAGAGUCAUUUAUUUAUCCUGAUCAAGCAGGCCUUCCACUAGGCAUUCCAGAAGUCAAAUGGAUUUUAUUAGAAACUCAUUACGAUAAUCCUAGUUUACAAAAAGGAAUCGUUGAUAAUUCUGGAUUUAGAAUUACGUACACGUCAAAACUUCGUAAACACGAUGCUGCAAUGUUAGCUGUUGGAAAUUUAUGGUAUCCUUGCAUGUUUAUCCCACCGAAACAGAAAGAGUAUAUUGUCGCAGGACACGCACAUCCAUCUUGUCUACGUCGGCAAGUUCCCCCGGAAGGAAUCAAAAUAUAUAGUUUUCUACUUCAUUCUCAUAUCAUAGGUAAACAAAUGUUAGUCAGACAUUUUCGAAAUGGAGAAGAGUUACUUCCCUUAGCUAGAGAUUUAAAUUACGAUUUUAAUUAUCAGAACGAUCAAUUGGUGGUGGAAUGUGUUUAUGACUCUUCAAAAAGAGAUAAAGUAACUUUUGUAAGUAGCGAAAUUAAAAUUCUCAAAUUAGAUGAUGAUAGAUUCGUCAUCUCACCAUCAACUGGAAAGAAUCAGAGUUAUUACGAGUUUCUGAAUGCUUAUCCAUGGGAUUAUCAAUCUGUGAGCUCUGUACAGAAUGCAAUGAGGUAUGGUCCUCAACUGAAUUUCUGUCCUGGCAGUGGAAAUAUAUUAACGUCUCUCAUUUUAGCUAGAUAUCCGAAAGUACAGAAGGUUCAUAAACAAACUUAUAAAUGUAAAAGUAAUAAAUAA